AUGUUCCAAGGUUCCCUACUAUCUAGUUUGAUACUGGUGUCAGCCCAAGGUUCCCUACUAUCUAGUUUGAUACUGGUGUCAGUCCAAGGUUCCCUACUAUCUAGUUUGAUACUGGUGUCAGCCCAAGGUUCCCUACUAUCUAGUUUGAUACUGGUGUCAGCCCAAGGUUCCCUACUAUCUAGUUUGAUACUGGUGUCAGUCCAAGGUUCCCUACUAUCUAGUUUGAUACUGGUGUCAGCCCAAGGUUCCCUACUAUCUAGUUUGAUACUGGUGUCAGUCCAAGGUUCCCUACUAUCUAGUUUGAUACUGGUGUCAGUCCAAGGUUCCCUACUAUCUAGUUUGAUACUGGUGUCAGUCCAAGGUUCCCUACUAUCUAGUUUGAUACUGGUGUCAGCCCAAGGUUCCCUACUAUCUAGUUUGAUACUGGUGUCAGUCCAAGGUUCCCUACUAUCUAGUUUGAUACUGGUGUCAGUCCAAGGUUCCCUACUAUCUAGUUUGAUACUGGUGUCAGCCCAAGGUUCCCUACUAUCUAGUUUGAUACUGGUGUCAGUCCAAGGUUCCCUACUAUCUAGUUUGAUACUGGUGUCAGUCCAAGGUUCCCUACUAUCUAGUUUGAUACUGGUGUCAGCCCAAGGUUCCCUACUAUCUAGUUUGAUACUGGUGUCAGUCCAAGGUUCCCUACUAUCUAGUUUGAUACUGGUGUCAGUCCAAGGUUCCCUACUAUCUAGUUUGAUACUGGUGUCAGUCCAAGGUCCCCUACUAUCUAGUUUGAUACUGGUGUCAGUCCAAGGUUCCCUACUAUCUAGUUUGAUACUGGUGUCAGUCCAAGGUUCCCUACUAUCUAGUUUGAUACUGGUGUCAGUCCAAGGUUCCCUACUAUCUAGUUUGAUACUGGUGUCAGUAGGGAAGCUUGGAGAUACAUUUUAAAGGUGAUAUGUGUAACUUGUCAAACAAAACACACAGAACAAACCGCUCCAUUCCAGCCAGUCAGAGUACAGCUCAGUCCUGCCUAUUCAAUACUUUUAAAC